AUGAAUGGAGAAAUUAUGCAUGCAGCGUUUAUUGAUGCUGAAGAAAUUAAUGGCCCAGUAACUGAUCCGAUGCCUAAAACGAUUCAAUUUAAUGAAUCUUGCGAAAAUUAUCGUUGUCUUUGUAAUUGUUUUCACAUAAAAACUGGAGCUCUUAUUGUUGCUGGUACCGAACUUUUAAUGCUGUUAAUAUUUCUCAUUAAUUCGCUAUUUAUAAUUGCAGAGCAUGAUACUGAAUAUGAAAAAAUUACAGGUGCGUGUGAUAGUUAUGUGAUGCAAUCAUCUUUUGUAUCAAUGAUAUGCAUUGCUAUUAGCUUUUUAGCAGUUCUUUUACUUUUUGUUGGACUAAUUCGUAACAUUGCUGCAUUCUUAAUACCUCAUCUUAUUGUACAGAUAAUUGUUGUAUUAAUACUUGCAUUUGGCUUAACAUGUGGUAUCAUUGCAUUUUCCACUAAUAUAACAAUAUUUUAUCGAUUGAUGAAUGCGGCAUCAUUUAAGGAGUAUCCCGGUACCUCCACUGUUGCAUUGGAUGCUGAAAUUACCGCUCGAUUUAUCACUAUUUUCAUUCUUUACCUUAUUUGUCUUAUAUUACAGUGCUGGUAUUUAAUGAUUAUUCAUAACUGUUAUCGUUAUUUGAAGGAACGAUGUCGAUAUAUGCAUUAUUGUCUUACAUUCACUACACCAAUGCAAACACUCAUCUUUCGAUGA